CCAGCAUAUAGGGUUUUUUGUGAAUUUUAAGUAUUUAGUUCUGUUUUGUUUCCCCACCACACUUUUAUAGUUCGUAAAAUAGGGUAGUGUGCUCUGUACAAUAAAAGAUGACCUCAAAGGAUGAUAUAGCAUCUAAAAAAGCUGCUUCAAAGACCAUCGUUAAGUCACCAGAGGUUUACCCACCCGUUGGGCCUUACAGUCAGGCUAUUUUAGCAAACAACACUACACUCUACGUUUCCGGAGUUCUGGGUUUGGACAGAGAUGCACAGCUGGUUCCGGGUGGAGUAGAAGCGCAAACACGACAAGCUUUGUGUAAUCUGCAACAUGUGCUGCAGGCCGGGGGUGCUACGUUUGAAUCCGUCAUAAAGACCACUAUUCUGCUGGGUGAUAUUCAGGACUCCAAAUCUGUUAAUCAAAUUUAUGAACAAUAUUUCCAGAAAGACUGUCCGGCACGAGCGACGUUUCAAGUGGGCAAAUUGCCUAUGGGCGCCCUAAUAGAGAUCGAAGCCAUAGCCUUAAGCGGUCCACUGGUUGUAGCAGAGGCCGGUCCCUGUCCAUGUCAUCGCGAUCGGAACUAAAUUUUCCUCGAGUUUAUUAUCAGAAAAUAUUCAAAAGUUGUGAAUACAGAAUUGUCAGUCUACUUAAUAUCAAGAUUACGCAGACAAUCGGUACCAAUGUACUAAAUUUAUCACUCUUUUAUUUUGUGAAAACACUCUAUUAUGAUCGCAGUAAUAGACAAAUUGUCACAAAUUAUUCUAAUUGUGCCUAAGCUUAUGCUGAAAUAUUUAAGGAACAAAUUAAAUCGCUGGAACUUGCUUUGACCUCGUAAAUAUCACGCAAUAUAACAGAUGACCGAGUCGGUGGUAAUCGUAAAGUUUUUACAACCUUAGGCUACGUGAAUACUUAGGUCAUGUUUUGAGGAAAUGAAAU